AUGGUUCGGUUGUGGCUCCCGCUAGUGCUGCUCUUGUCCCCCUUGGGCUAUGCAUCAUGCAAUUCGACCCGAAAGAACUUGAUUAUAGAUACGGACUUGUUUAGUGAUGUCGAUGAUGCCGGUGCGCUUCUAAUCGCCACGACGGCGACAAACGUCAAUCUUCUGGCUGUCAACAUCAACUACCCCUCGUCGUAUUCGGCUUGGUGCGCCUCGGCCAUUGUCGCCCACUAUGGUCUAAAUGUGCCCAUCGGCAUUCGGAAGCCAUUCGCCAAUGUCUCUUACUUUGAUGACUUUUACUACCAGUUGGGAGAAUAUGCCAGCAAGAUCGCCUACCAUCACUCUGGAGGAAACUUGACUUGGGGCAAUGCUGAUGAUGCCUGGGACGCCGUGGCUCUGUAUCGCAAAGUUCUCUCCGAGGCAGAAGAUAAUAGUGUCACUAUUGCAUCGAUUGGAUUCUUCGAAAAUCUUUCGGGCCUGUUGAACUCGACCGCAGACGAGUACUCCAGCCUGGAUGGACCGGCCCUAGUCUCGGCCAAGGUAUCGGAGCUCGUCAUCAUGGGCGGUGACUACCCAUCUGGCUACGAAUACAACUUUUGGGGCGAUAACCCAACUGCUACUGCCCAUGUCGUCAACAACUGGAACGGGUCAAUCGUGUAUUCCGGUGCCGACUUGGGUGGUAACGUCACGAGUGGUGCUCUGCUCAUCGCACAAGGCCCCGAGAAUGAUCCUGUGCGCCAGGCCUAUCUGUACUAUACGCACGGCGGCGCUCGGUACUCGUGGGAUCCUUUGACUGUGCUAUACGCAAUCGACGGGCUGUCUUCCGGGCUCUUUGAGUAUGGCAAUCAGUACGGGUACAAUUAUGUCCAUCCCAACGGUUCCAAUGAAUGGGUCUUUGACGAGCAAGUUGCCAAUCAACAUUGGCUGAAUCUGAAGGUAGAUAAUGUAACAGCGGGCGCAAAGUUGGAUCAAAUGUUUUUGAGCAAGGCUUGGUCAGCUGUGUAG